GCGAGCCAUGAGCCGGCUCCGGGUUGCACGCCUCAAGCCGUUGGAGCUUCUGCUGUCGCUGCUACCGCUGCUGCUCGGGACGCGGCCCCACGGCAGUCCAGGCCCACUGCAGUGCUACAGCGUCGGCCCCUUAGGAAUCCUGAACUGCUCUUGGGAACCUCUGGGCGACCUGGAGACUCCACCUGUGCUGUAUCACCAGAGUCAGAAAUACCAUCCCAAUAGAACCCAGGCAGUGAAGGUGCCUUCCGGACAGAGCUGGGUGACCAUUCCCCGGAAACAGCUCACCACAGCUGACAAACUCCUCAUCUGGGGGACACAAGAGGGAAAACCUCUCUGGUCCCCUGUCUUUGUGAACCUGGAGACCCAAAUGAAGCCAGACACCCCCCAGAUCUUCUCUCAUGUGGACAUUUCUGAGGAAGAAACCCUGGAGGCCACUGUGCAGUGGGCACCGCCCGCGUGGCCACCACAUAAAGUUCUCAUCUGUCAGUUUCAGUACAAGGAAUGCCGGACUGACAAGUGGACCCUGCUGGAGCCACACCUGAAGACAGACAUGCUGACUCCUGUUGAGAUGCAGAACCUGGAACCUGGCACCAGCUACCAGGUGUCAGGCCGCUGCCAGGUGGAGAACGGGUAUCCAUGGGGUGAGUGGAGUCCGGACCUGUCCUUCCAGACUCCGUUCUUAGCUCCAGAAGAUGUAUGGGUAUCGGGGACCGUCUGCGAAACAUCUGGCAAACGAGCAGCCCUGCUUGUCUGGAAGGACCCAGGACCCUGUGUGCAGGCGACUUACACAGUCUGGUUUGGGGUUGGAGAUAUUACUACCACUCAAGAAGAGGUCCCGUGCUGCAAGUCCCCCAUCCCCGCACGGAUGGAGUGGGCUGUGGUCUCUCCUGGCAACAGCACCAGCUGGGCGCCUCCCACCAACCUGUCUUUGGUGUGCUUGGCUCUGGAAUCUGCCCCCCAUGAUGUGGGAGUCAGCAGUGCUGACAGGAGCCCAGGGAUAACGGUGACCUGGAAACAAGGGACUGGAAAGCCGUGGGAGUACGUGGUAGACUGGGCUCAAGAUGGUGACAGCCUGGACAAGCUCAACUGGACCCGCCUCCCCGCUGCAAACCUUAGCACUGUGUUACCAGGGGAGUUCGAAGGAGGGGUCCCCUAUCGGAUCACAGUGACUGCCGUGUACGCUGGGGGGUUAGCUGUUGCACCCUCAGUUUGGGGAUUCAGAGAGGAAUUAGUACCCCUUGCUGGGCCAGCAGUUUGGCGACUCCCAGAUGACCCCGCAGGGACACCUGUUGUAGCAUGGGGAGAGGUCCCAAGACGUCAGCUCCGCGGCCGAGCUACUCACUACACCUUCUGUAUACAGAGCAGGGGCAUCCCCACAGUCUGCACGAACGUGAGCAGUCAAACCCAGACUGUCCCUCUGCCCAACCUUCACUCGGGUUCCUUCAAGCUGUGGGUGAUGGUGUCCACCGUUGCAGGACAGGGCCCACCUGGUCCCAGCCUUUCACUUCACCUACCAGAUAACAGGAUCAGGUGGAAAGUCCUGCCCUGGGUUCUGUCUCUGUGGGGCUUGCUGAUGAUGGGCUGUGGCCUGAACCUGGUCACUACCAGCCAUAUGUUUGCCACCGGGUCCCUGCCGGCCAGGUGCUUACACCAGCGACACAAGUUGCUUCCCCAAUGGAUCUGGGAGAGGGUUCCUGACCCCGCCAACAGCAGUUCUGGGCAACCUUACAUAAAGCUUCUAUCUCCCCAGGAGGUGAGACUGCCUCAGCCACCCAAGGAUGGACCCAUCUUGGAGGUAGAGGAGAUGGAGCUACGGCCUGUGACGGAGUCCCCGGAAGCCUCUGCCCCCCUUUUCUCUGGAUAUGAGAAACACUUCCUGCCCACACCAGAGGAGCUGGGCUUUCUGAGGCCUCCAGCCCCUAGGAGCUAGCCUGUUCUACUUCAGGCUAGGGGCUGCAUCCCUAUGUUGGGUUAGACUUUUUUUAGGUUUAGCUUUUUGAGACAGGAUCUCACCAUGGCUGGCCUGGAACUCACAGAGACUCACCUGGUUCUGCCUUCCAAACACUGAACAGCAAGGAGUGCGCCUCCUGCCCAGA